UGGCUUUAUUUUGCUUUACUUUUGACUUUGGGUGCUAAGCUUAUUGAUUUGUUUUUGCUUUUUUUCAUCAAAGAGGGGACCUUUCAGUUUGAAAUUACCAAAAGCAAUUCAUCUUCAGUUCUCUUCUGCAUUCCGUUUCCUUAACCCGAUGGCUGAAGCUUUCGUUAGUGCUGUUGUGGGAGAAGUGGCGUCAAAAGCGGCGUCAGUUGCGGUUGAGAUGAUAAGCCUUGGAUGGGGCUUCAAGGAUGAGAUGCAGAGGCUUGGUAACUCACUAGAAAUGAUUGGAGCUUUCUUGCGAGAUGCAGAGGGAAACCAAAAGCAAAUGAACUCAGUGAAGCUUUGGUUGAAGAGGCUCAGAGAUGUUGCUUAUGAGGCUGAUGAGGUCCUGGAUGAGAUUGCUUAUGAGUUUCUCAGAAGGAAAGUGGAGAUUGGGGAUCAGAUGUGGAGAAAGCUUCGAGACACUCCAUCUACUGUCACAUUUCAGCACAACAUGGCUAAUAAAGUUAAGGACAUCCUUAAUUCCUUGGACGACCUUAACAAAAUAGCCAAAGACUAUGGUCUCCAACAAUUAGCCAUAGAUCAAAGAAUUUUUAUUCCAUCAAAUGUGGAGACAGUCUCCUUCCUAGAUGACUCAAACAUUGUUGGAAGGAAAAAUGAUGUCUCAAAAGUUGUUGACAUGUUACUCAGUCCCCAAGAUGAUCGAACUGUCUCUGUUGUGCCUAUAGUUGGAAUGGCGGGUAUCGGGAAAACUACUUUAGCAAGGCUAGUUUACCAUGAUGUGGAUGUGGAAAGGCGUUUUGAUGUAAGAUUUUGGGUGUGUGUUUCGGAUGAUUUCAAUGUCAAAAGAAUUUUGGGAGAAAUGCUUGAGCAUGAUAUGAAUUAUCAGCAGACCUCGAUACCUCAAAACUUGAAUGCUUUAACGGCGAAACUGAAGGGGAAGAUUGAGCGGGCCAAAAGGGGAAAUGAACAGAUCAAAUAUCUUCUUGUACUUGAUGAUGUGUGGAAUGUUGAACAAUGGGAUGAACUAAUGUGGUGUUUGGAAGGGGUUAAUAAGAAUCGGGGGAAUAAAGUUAUUGUAACAACCCGCAUUGAAGAUGUGGCAUUAAAAGUGGAAACACUUCCUAAUCAAAGGCAUCAGCCUGGAAAAUUAAAAGAUGAGGAGUGCUGGUCCAUAAUUAAAGAAAAAGCAUGUGGAGACUCCCCAAUAUCUCCCAGCUUAGUGUUAAUUGGCGAGGAAAUUGCUAAACAAUGUCACGGUGUGCCUUUAGCAGCAAAAGUUAUUGGAGGUACAAUGCGCAAAAUUGAAAGGAGUCGGGCUGCAUGGUUGAAAAUUCAAAAAAGUGAUGUAUGGGAUUCGGUUAAUAGUGUGCUAAGGUUAAGUUUCGAUCACUUGUCUUCUCCAUGUUUAAAGAAGUGUUUUGCAUACUGCGCCAUGUUUCCUAAAGAUUUUUGCUUUAGAAAGGAGCAAUUAAUCCAGCUCUGGAUGGCUGAAGGAUUUCUUGGCGCUUCUAAAGAAAUGAUGGAUACUGGUAACAGAUAUUUCCAUGAAUUGUUAUCAAAUUCCUUAUUCCAAGAUGUGGGGAAGGACAGGUGCGGAAAUAUUUUGACUUGCAAGAUGCAUGACUUGGUGCAUGAUCUGGCUUUGUCUGUCUCAAAGUUUGAGACUUUGAUUUUCCAAGAAAAUUCCAGUUCCAGCACAGAUGAAGUUUCUCAUAUUCGGCAUCUCAGUAUUGGUUAUGAUGGGGAAUCCUUACCAAUAAUUUUAACAGCUGUUGCUCCAAAAUUGCACUCUUUGUUCUCAGAGAUUGAUGUGUUCAAGAAAUUGUCAAGAACCUUCACAAGCUUACGAGUCCUAAAAUUUUCCAGUGCUGAUUAUAUUCAUGAGUUGCCUGCUUCCCUCGGCGAAUUGAAGCACUUGAGGUAUAUGGACAUCUCGAAGACUUCUAUCAAAGUGCUGCCUCAAUCCAUAACCAAACUUUACAUGUUACAAACAUUAAGGUUCAUGGGUUGUAGGGAAAUCGCAUUUCCAGAUGGAUUGAGAAAUUUGAUAAGCGUGAAGCACAUCCAUUUUGACCAGCAAAGUUCUCAACCAAUUGAGCUUCGACACCUAAUUUCUCUCCAAACAUUGCCAAUGUUUUUUGUUAGGGAUAACGAACUUCAUCUUGAUGCUCUAGAAUGCCUCAACGAACUUGGUGGACAAUUGAAGAUAUGCGAUCUGCAGAGUGUUAGAGACAAGGAAGAGGCCCGCAAAGCAAAUCUACGGCUUAAAACAAAAUUGUGCAAGGUAAUAUUUGAAUGGUCAAAUUUUAGCAAUGAUAACUGUGAGGAAGUGCUGGAAGGUCUCCAACCCCCCUCAGGUUUGCAAAGCUUAAUUGUUUGGAAUUAUGGAGGAGAAAAGCUCCCAUCUUGGAUGUCAAGACCUGUUCAUGGUUCUAAUAUUGGUUCACUGCUUCUUGACAAUUUGAUGGAGUUGGAAUUAAACAAUUGCAUCAAUUGUAAAAGUCUUCCACCAUUGGGCCAACUGCACAGUCUCAAGUUUCUUGCACUGAGGAAUAUGGAGGAGCUGAAACGCAUCGGUAAUGAGUUUUAUUGCGAUGGAAGUAGUCAAUUUGAGAUUGAGGUGUUUCCUGCAUUAAAAACAUUCAUCCUACGGCGACUGGAAAAUCUGAAAGAAUGGACAGCAACGACAGCAGCAGUCAUGUUUCCUUGCUUAGAAGAGUUGCUUGUUUCUAACUGCCCCUUAUUGGAAAGUGUUCCCCUGACGGGACAAUGUUUAUCUCUUAAAAAGCUCUGUAUUGAGGAUUGUUCACGAUUAAGCAGUAUAGGGGAUGGACUAGCUACUUCCACGGUACUUGAGGAGCUAACUAUAGUAAAGUGUGGAGAUUUGUUCUCAAUUCCAAAUUUAAAUGGGUUUUCCGCUCUUCGAAGUGUCUAUGUUUCUGAUUGCGGACGCUUGGGAAUUGUUCCAAUAGCAGGAAUAUGUUCAUCUCUUGAAGAAUUUUGCAUUUCAGAGUGUAAGGAAUUAAGCGAGAUAGGAGGCGGGUUGUCUACCUCCACUUGUCUUAAAGAAUUAAAGCUAAGUGGCUGUGCUAAUUUAAGCUCCAUUCCAGAUUUGGAAGGAUUUUCCUUUCUUCGAAAUCUAGAUAUAUCAGAGUGCAGCAAACUGGAAAUUGUUCCAAUAAGAGGAAGAUGUUCAUCUCUUGAAAAGCUUCACAUUUCCUCGUGUCAAAACUUAAGCAAGAUAGGAGAUGGGUUGUCUACCUCCAGUUGUCUUAAAGAAUUAAAGCUAAGUGGCUGUGCUAAUUUAAGUUCCAUUCCAGAUUUGGAAGGAUUUUCCUUUCUUCGAAAUCUAGAUAUAUCAGAGUGCAACAAACUGGAAAUUGUUCCAAUAAGGGGAAGAUGUUCAUCUCUUCAAAAGCUUCACAUUUCCUCGUGUCAAAACUUAAGCAAGAUAGGAGACUGGUUGUCGACUUCCACUUAUCUUAUAGAAUUAAAGCUAAGUGGCUGUGCUAAUUUAAGUUCCAUUCCAGAUUUGGAAGGAUUUUCCGUUCUUCGAAAUCUAGAUAUAUCAGAGUGUAGCAAACUGGAAAUUGUUCCAAUAAGAGGAAGAUGUUCAUCUCUUCAAAAGCUUCACAUUUCCUCGUGUCAAAACUUAAGCAAGAUAGGAGACUGGUUGUCGACUUCCGCUUAUCUUAUAGAAUUAAAGCUAAGUGGCUGUGCUAAAUUAAGUUUCAUUCCAGAUUUGGAAGGAUUUUCCGUUCUUCGAAAUCUAGAUAUAUCAGAGUGCAGCAAACUGGAAAUUGUUCCAAUAAGAGGAAGAUGUUCAUCUCUUCAAAAGUUUCACAUUUCCUCGUGUCAAAACUUAAGCAAGAUAGGAGAUGGGUUGUCUACCUCCACUUAUCUUAAAGAAUUAAAGUUAAGCGAUUGUCCUAAUUUAUGUUCCAUUCUAGAUUUGGAAGGAUUUUCCUCUCUUAAAAUUUUAGAUUUAUCAAACUGCAACGAACUGGAAAUUGUUCCGAUAAGAGGACAAUGUUCAUCUCUUGAAAAGCUUCUCAUUUCCGGGUGUCAAAGCAAGAUAGAAGAUUGGUUGCCUAUUGCCACUUGUCUCAAAGAGUUAAAGCUAUCCCAUUGUGGUAACUUAAAUUCCAUUCCAGAUUUGGAAUCUCUUCGAACUUUAGAUAUAUCUAAAUGUGACAACCUGGAAAUUAUUCCAACAGGAAGACUUCCUUUUCUUGAAAAGCUUCACAUUUUUCAGUGUGAAAAACUAAGCAAGGUAGGAGACGGGUUUUCUAUUUCCUCUUUUGUCAAAGAAUUGAGGAUAAGGCUUUGCCCUAAUUUAAGUUCCAUUCCAGAUUUGAAAGGAUUUUCGUCUCUUCAGAGUUUAUGUAUAUCUGGGUGCAACAAACUGGAAAUUGUUCCAAUAACAGAAAGGUGCUCAUCUCUUGAAGUUCUUGACAUUCUUGCAUGUGAAAAAUUAAGCUACAUAGGAAAUGGACUGUCUAACUUCACUUGUCUCAAAAAAUUGAGGAUAGAGACUUGCCCGAAUUUGAGGUCCAUUCCAAGUAUAUGUCAUGGUCGUCUCACUGAAUUAGGUUUCACUGGUGUAGGCCAAGGCUUAACUUGUCUAUUACCAGAUUUGCUGCAAUCCAACACUUGCCUUCGCAAGCUGACACUAGCUGAUUUGCCUGAUCUAAGAUCGAUUCCAGAAAGUGUAUGGGAAUUGCAUUCUCUUGUUCGUUUAACAACCAAAAGGUGUCCAACAUUGAGGAGCAUUCCAAAUGACCGCCUUGGCAGCCUUACUUGCUUGAGAAGUUUAGAUAUUGGUGGUUUCUCAGAAGAGCUAGAAGAAUUCCCAGGUUUUGAUUCCAUCCAACACCUCAGUGCCUCCCUUAAAGAGUUGCGAUUGCUUGGAUGGGAAAAGCUAAGUUCUCUUCCUUACCAACUCCGACACCUCACUGCCCUUGAAGGACUAGAGAUACAGAGGUUUCACGGCAUAGAAGCCUUGCCUGAUUGGUUGGGAAACCUCUCCUCUGUAAAGCGUUUGAGAAUCGUUUCAUGUGAUAAGCUCAUGUAUCUGCCUUCUGAACAUGUUAUCCGAAGCCUCUCCAAAUUAACAUCAUUUAUAAUUUCAGCGUGUCCUCGAUUAGAGGCAAGAUGUUCCAAGGAAAGCGGCCCUGAGUGGUCCAAGAUUUCCCACAUUCGUAGGAUCUCAAUUAUGAGCAAGCGACCUUUACAGGAUUUGUAUGGAUAUGAAGGAUUCAUAGACUUAUUGUCUUGGAUGUAAAUAUAGAGAUAGAAAAGAUUCACUAAUUAGCUUGUACAGCUUAAAGACUCAUCAGUCAAAGAGAGAACGUAGAAACUAAAUUUAUCCAUCGAAAAUCUUUGGUUUAGCAACUUAUCUGAAGCAUUAAGGAUUACUACGUAUAAAGCUCUAGUCACAUCUGUGAGGUAUUCAUCAUCGUUCUUGUCUUCUGGAAGCCCAUUCUUAGCUUGCUUCCAAUGGAAGUUAUGGUACUACCAUCCAUGUUCCAUUUUUACCCAAAUCAGCAGUUCUUGACAACAUAUGACGUACUUGUUCAUUGCAGCCAGCCUAUCUUCCGCUUUACCUCCGUUCUCUUUCUGUUUUCCAGAAGGCAUCAACUAUUAUAUGUCUUUGGUCAUGCAACAUUUGCUAAAUAUAUCUCCUACUUGUCUGAAGCAUCAAGGAUUAUGAAUAAGGGUUCUUAUGAGAUCCAACUGGAAUUUAGCUUUGUUCCUGAGUCCCAUUAUUGUUUAGCUCCUGAUGGAAGCACUUAGGAUAGCCACCCGUUAUGGUACUAACCUUGUUACAUGUUUCUCCAAGCAAAGUGUCUCCCUGCAGAGAAGUGGUGUUACUUAAGAUCAUAGAGGAAGUCUCUUGCAAGAAUCUUCGAUACGAGAGAUCCAGGCAUGCUUCAGAUAGGCCAGUGAUGAGUGAUGACCAACGUAAAUUUUAAUCUGAGGAUUUAAACUUUUAUUUCUCUAUGUAAAGAUUUAUGAUAUUGCUUUAUCAGAUGAGCUAGUGAGCUAAAAGGCCCCAGCCAAGACCAGAGAGGCCCAGCACCAUAUAUGGGGUAUUGGAAAAGUUCAUCCACCAUACAUGAAUGGUGUGACUACUUGAUACUAUUGAGCAGUGUUUGAUUGCAGUCACAGAAAAGGUCCAAGUCAGCUGUGACUACUUGUACAGAUUUCGUUUUUCUGUACAUAAAAUGUUUCUGACAAAUCGGCCAGGUAAAAGCUGCAUUUUUCCAGAAGGCAUCAACUAUUAUAUCAUGCAACAUCACCCAAGUGUUUUCCCUACUUGUCUGAAGCAUCAAGGAUUGUGAGUAAGGUUUCUCGUGAUAUCCGACCAGAAUUUAGUUCUGUUCCUGAAAGCCAUUCUUGUUUUGCUCCUGACGGAAGCACUUACAAUUGCCACCCUUUAUGGAACUAACCUUGGCUACCAAAUCACCUGUCCUUGACAACAUAUUGUAUGGUUGUUCAUUGCAGCAUCUUGCCACUUUACCACCAUUCUCUUUCUUAACCUAUGCCUUUAUCCGGACCUGCUUCACAUAGGGGUAGUAAGCUAGAAGGCCUUAGCCAUGAUCGGAGAGGACCAGCACCAGAUUUGAUUGGAAAAGCUAUUCACAAAGGAAAAGGAGCUCGCAUCUGUGUAUCUAGCUAAGUUGAAGAUUUGAGCUUCCAUGUCAUAAUCCAAAAUCAUCAGAAAAAAAAAGUUGGCUGCCCUGUAUUUAAACUUGUUAGUGCCGAUUAUAAUUGUCAGCUUCAACGGUGAUACUUCAGUGCAGACUUUACAUGCGAGAAUCAAAGUUCUCUUAAAUAGAAGAUUUGAUCUUCAAGGAAUUUGAUGACAGUAAGAUGUUUUUAGUGGGAUUUGUGAAUGUCAUUGAUUGUACUUGAACGUCCCUUCUAUGCAUAUAUAGUGAACGACUAGUGUAGGUUAAUUGUAGAAAUUGGAGAGCAUUUUAUUUGUUAAGUCAGGAACUACUUUUUUUAGUGCAAAACUGUAAGUAAACUGAAUUGUGUUCAUCAGCUUGGAUCUAAGCUUUGAAGGGGAAAAGAUUUAGAGGGAAAGUUAUUUAGUUAGAAGUAUAGGACUGAAGCUGUAACUUGCUGAGUGAGUUGCCGCUGAAUAAGGCUCCGCAGUCGUAGGAAAUUUCCGAACUUCUUUAGCAUUUUUAAGACUGAAUUCUUUCUCGAAAAUGCCGGAGAAAUGUUUGAACAGUGACCAGUAAUGAAUUAAAGAUUCUCUGUGGUCGUAUGCAGUAA